AUGAAGAUCAUUCUAAUCACCACACUCACCUCGCUCUUGGUGGGCACUCACGCUACCAUCAGAUCCGCUGUGAGCACGCCUGUCGCCGUCGCUGCCAAGGUUGAUGGACUCGACACCGCUUACCUUUCGGUCUCUACACCCACCACCUCGGCUGCUCCAGCCGACCUUGCUGGUGUCAGGGUCAUGCUGGAAGCUGCUGUGACCAUCAAUGCCAACGACGAAUCUGAGUUGUCCAACGCUGCUCUCAUUGAGAUCCACCAGCCACAGAAUGAUCGUUAUCGCAUUGACUGUGGCGACUUUGGUCGUGCUUUCGACUGCUGGUACCACAACAUGACGCGCUGCUGGGGCGGCAAGCUCACCUCCAAUGAGACCUGGUGCAUCAGCAAUUGCAAGUGCAUUCCCUUGGGUAAAUCCGACGACCUGCCCAUUAUCGAUGCCCCUGAUGGUUCCGGCCAACCCCUUUCCGAUGUUGCCAACCCCGACUUGUCCAAUGAGCAGGAUGAUGGACCUACGGAUACCAACAAUGAUGAUACCCACCCGCCUCUUGGCAACUGGUCUCCAGAGCCCAUCAAGAUGAAGAAGCGAGAGUAUACGAAGCACAUCCACCGUCAUGACUUAGCUGGAUACUACAAGAACGCCAGUGACACUGAUCCGAGCGUGUACAACCUGACCCUCGACUGCGGCGGCGGCGCAGAGACCGAGAGAUGCCACGACGACGGCAUUGGCUGUUACUUUGGUCAAGUCGCCGGACCGGGGGAAAGCGAUUGUCUGGACAAGUGCACCUGCGAAUACACCCCGGGCCUGAUGUCGCCGUCUCCAAUCGAGAUCUGGACGCUGGAUUGCCGUAACGCUGACAAGACUGUCUGGUGCAAGAACCAGGGCGAGGGAUGCGAGACGGAUGGGUCUGUGAUUGGUAACGAGGGGACUUGUGAUCAGGAGGAUGAACAAGAGGAAGAGUCUACCUGAAGCAGUCUCCAAUCUGGUGUUGGUUCAGAACUCGGGAUUUGGUAUCAAUCUGGGGCUUCUGAAGGGACUGUGGUUGGACCGAGACCUGCUGG